GCUGUCAUGGAAGCAAAUAAGAUGUCAGAGCGCAUUGCUGAUAGGAGGAAGCUGAUGGAUGAAGCAGAAGGAACGAUGUCCAUAUUACAGUUUGAACAUCCACUGCCUGAGAGCGAUGAAGAUGAAGACUACAUUGACACUGGAUCUGCCAUUCUGAACUUCUACUGUACUUUGGUGGAUUUGCUGGGGCGCUGUGCUCCAGAUGUUUCUGUUAUUGCACAGGUUAUUUAACAAAAUUUAUGCUCUUUUUAUAAAAUACAUUAAAUGCUCAUUUCAUGGUGUCCUGUUAAAAGUAGUUCU